UAACAGAGUUUAGCCAAAGACUGAGUUAUCGAAUAUAUAUAAUGAUAUAUGUUUACAUCCGAAGAGCAAUAAGAUAUAAAGUUUAUUUAAUGAGAAUUUACAUCAUUUAAUAUAUUGCGUAUAAUACAUGUACACACUUAAUCAAUUAAUCAAUCAAUAUUUAAUUAAUCAAUCAAAUAAUCUAAUUAGUGUAAUAGAUAUUCAAAAUUGUAAAUUGAAUUAACGCACUUGAAAUCAUCGAAAGGAUUUUCGAAAAAUAAAAAAACAAAAAAACAAAAAAAACACAAAACAAAAUAUCAACAGAGUAGGAUUAGAGAUAAUGGCUAUGGCGCAAAAUCCGACAGAUUAUCAAGCAAAUUGUGUGUCCACGUGUCAAAUAACAAAUACAAUAAUGUUUACGUGUGUGUCUAUGCUUCUUGCAUAAAUAUUUAAUCGCAAUAUUGCAGCAUAAGAGGAUACAUAUAUAUAUAUAUAUCAUAAUACAGCUAAGUAGGCGAUCACACCUCUAUUUUAAAUUAUUAUGAUCGCGAUUUUAGUAAUUAUUGGUUUAAUCACAUUAUUGGUAUGGCAUUAUCUUCACAUGAGAAGUGUAGCCCGUAAGUUUUCAAGCCAAGGGAUCGCUAGACCUCCAUUGACACUACCGCUAUUAGGUGAUCUUCUUCUGUUUGCAGGUCUAAGCCGUACCGAGUUUCCGAUCCGUUUCAAGAAUUUAUUCGAACGUUUUGGUAAUGUAUACCAUGCAUGGAUAGGACCGUUUAGUAUUUUAAUGGUUGCGGAUGCAAAUUACUACAAAGUGAUCAUGAGAGACGCAGUAAGCAAACCGUACGUUUGCACUUCCGUCCUUAAGGAGGUAAUUGGCACCGGACUUAUAGUUGCUUGCGGUGAGGAAUGGCGUGUGAGACGUAAAAUGCUUAAUCCAGCUUUUCAUAUCAAACUGAUUGAAAGCUUUACAAAGGUAUUCGAUGAACAUAGUCGCGCGCUGGUCCAGCGACUACAGCAACAUGCGGAUGGGAAAUCCACAUUUGACAUAUUUCCAUUUAUUGCCGACAUGACUUUGUGUAUCAUCUUUGAAACCGCUAUGGGCUUUAAAUCGGAUCCUAAUGAUUUAGACUUUCGGAAAUAUACCUCUGCUACACAAGAUUUCAUAUUUAACGAAUCGGAACGUCUGACCAAACCUUGGUUGCUUCCGCGUUUUGCUUAUUAUAUACUCGCCUAUCGUAAUUUUAAGAAAUCAAGUGCAGCUACCGCCUACAUACGCGAUUUCCAUGCAAAAAUAAUUAAAACAAAAAGACAAGAGCUCGAGGAGCGACACAAAAAUGCAACGCAAGCUGGAGAUAAUGACGACAAAGUGUUGGAUCGGAAGCGUCAAAAUUUUCUUGAGAUUCUGCUUACAAGUUCGAUUGAUGGCAAGCCUGUAAGCGAUGAUGUUAUACAAGAUGAAAUUUUCACCAUAGUCAUGGCUGGUUCCGACACCUCUGCUCAUACUUUGUGCUACGUGUUGUACCUUCUCUCGCGGCAUCCGGAUGCACAGCAAAAGGCUUUCCUAGAGAUUUUUUCUCUUUACGGAACUGAUAGAGAACGCUCGAUUACUAUGGAGGAUUUGAGCAAAUUGAAAUAUUUGGAAUGCGUAAUAAAAGAAACUUUACGUGUAUAUCCGACCGUACCUUUCUAUGGACGUGUAUUCGACGAGGAUAUAGUGGCUGAUGGUAAAAUUAUACCUGGUGGCACUGCGCUACUUAUUUGCCCGAUAAGGUCCAAUGAAAAUCCGGAAUAUUUUCCAGAACCUAAGCAAUUUAAUCCGGAACGUUUUAAUGACGAGAAUAUCAACAAAAUUCCUGAAUAUGCUUAUGCACCAUUUUCUGCUGGUCCACGUGGUUGCAUUGGACCAAAAUUUGGUAUGGUGGAAAUAAAAUGCACCCUGAUUAGAAUACUGUUGGAAUACGAAAUAUUGCCCUUUGGCGACCCACCCAAGCCAUUUGCGUAUGUAUCUUAUCAAUUACAAGAUGGCCUGCAUUUAGGCUUGAAGCCACGUAAAUAUGACACCUAGACAACUCUUCAAAUCUUCAAGCGGAUUAUAUGUUUUUACUGUCGCGAAUUUCGAAUAUCCAAAUGAUAGAAUUAAAUAAAGACAACGAUUUUUUCUUA